GUGGUGUGUCCCCCGCAGCUCGUUUCACCGGCCGUCCUGUAUUCCAGGAGGCCGGCAUCUUCAGUAUUGGCACCCGGCUGUGAUAGCUUGUGGCUUCACAGCCGGCUACCCACUGCACAUGCGUGAGUAGCGCUGCACUUCAUGAAUGGUCCUGUAGUCUUCUGGGACCUGUCACGUGUCCCAAAAGACUACAGGGAGGGAGGGAGGACACCUUACGCUUCCGAUCGCCUAGGCCGGUGGGAGCGGGUACCUGUCAAAUUGGGGUACCCGCUCCCCAAGGGUGCCAAUCCUUAAUGGGGAGCAGGGGAGCAGUCCUUAAAGCGGUACUUCCCCUUUUGGGUGGAGUUCCGCUUUAA